AUGCUGCUCUUGGGACCCAGGGUGCUGCUGUUCCUGACCGCACUCAUCCUCCCCUCCGACUGGACACCACUAGGAGUUGGUGGUCAACGAGGAGAUGAUGUGACUCCAGUGACUCCAGAACCAUUCACAGAAGAUCCUAAUCUGGUGAACGAGCCCUCUACAGAUGAAACAGUUCUGGCUGAUAUCGAGCCUUCCACAGAUGACCUGGCUUCUCCUACUGAUAAAAAUACCACAACAGAUUGCCGGGAUGAAAAAUUCGCUUGCACAAGACUCUACUCUGUGCAUCGACCAGUCAAGCAAUGCAUUCAUCAGUUAUGUUUCACAAGUUUACGACGUAUGUACAUCAUCAACAAUGAGAUCUGCUCUCGUCUUGUCUGUAAAGAACACGAAGUUAUGAAAGAUGAACUUUGCCGUCAGAUGGCUGGUUUACCCCCAAGGCGACUCCGUCGCUCCAACUACUUCCGACUUCCUCCAUGUGAAAAUGUGAAUUUGCAGAGACCCAGUGGUCUGUGAUCAUCAAGGAAGAGGAAAGAAGAAUGUGUGGGUGGGUGGAAGAGAAUGCUCUAACAAGAGGGAACUCCUUCUUGUCCAACCAAUGUCCGCUAACCCACAGACAGUAGUAUUUCUUAAAACAGUCCCUUUGCAGUGUCUAGCUUUUGCUUCCACUCCCUGAUUUUUCACCCAGACUGAUAACAUAAAGUCUGUAUUAUUGCAUGGUUUUGCUGCUUCUCAAUAUCAUAGACAUAGAUUAAUGAUAACCAUGUGGCUUAUAUAUAAGCACUCUACAUACAAUUUCAGAGGAAAAUAAACCUUAGGUUAAUAUUUA